AUGUCUUCGGAUCCACAAGCCCCUCCACCGCGGAAACGUGUCUCGCAGGCUUGUCAGCCUUGUGGGUUAAAGAAGGUCAAGUGCGAUGGAACUUUCCCUACUUGUACGCCUUGUCAGCAUAAACAAAUUGAGUGCACGUACGGUAUAUCGAAGCGUAGCAGAGCAAGAACGAGCAUUGGGGAAAGUCCACGACCACGACCGCCUCCGCGGACAUAUACUUCCCUAAGUCCGGCCCAAAACACAGCUUCACAGAGUCCUUACACACCUUUGGAGAAUCAACAAGCUUCUCGAAUACCUCCGCGACCAACUCCAGCUCCCAGUUCUGUCCGCAAUGUGUCGCCGGAGCUUUCUUCUCGACUACUGCAGACAUACUUCAAUUGUAUGCACCCGCUAUGGCCGAUGCUGUACAAGCCGCUGUAUACCUCCAUGGACUAUGGAUCCCCGGCGGACAUGAUGCACCCAGCUCUCGUCGCAGCCAUAUAUUGCAUUGCUUCCUGCGUAGAUAGGCCAGCACAGCAUACUCCCAACAGUGUUCUCCAAAAAUACCCCGAACCCAGACAGUUUUUGCAGGAGGCUUUGGAUAUUCUUCAGCAGGGUAGUGGCAGCAAGGAACCGCAGAUGAUAAAUGCACUGUCACCGUCAAUAACGGCCUGUCAGGUUUUGACUAUUCUCACUUUACAACAACAUGGCGUUGCGGAGUAUGCUCAAGCUGCGAUUCUUUGUUCUGUGGCGGCGGGAAUGGCUAUUGAUCUUAGAUUACAUCGUCAAAGCGAUUCCGAUGAUCCGAUCCAGGUUGAAGUGAAGUCUAGAUUGUGGUGGAAUCUGUAUGUCCUCGACAAAAUGAUCUCUUCUGACAUGGGCAAGCCAGUCAUACUACGAGCCGAGGAAACUGACACGCCAUAUCCUUCCGUCUCCGAGGCCGACGAAUUCGAGUUGAUGUCUACCCAGGCUGGGAACCAACAGACUCCUGGGCAAUUUCGAAACACGUCUAUCAAGUUACGCACUCUGUCUGGUCUUCAUUCGACCAUCGAAUUGUCCAAGAUUUUCGAAAGGGUGGCCAGAGAAAUCUACGGGAUCGUUGCCAGGAGAACCAUCCGCGAUAACCAAGCCGUCGGGCAAGCAAAACGGAUGGAACUGUGGGCUGUUUUGCAGGAGUGGGAACGACAAAUGGAAGCUUCGCCACUCCGGCUGGACUUGAGCAAAGACUUGACAUCUGUGCCUGCAGCUGUUACCAACUAUGUGAUCAACUGGCACUGCACGAUACUCCUCCAUCGACCUUUCAUUGCAAGAUGGUCUUCAAAUCCUGCCGCAAGCGAGUCUCCCCACCCACUUGACGUGUGCUUGGAAGCAGCAAACAACAUUUGCAUUGUUCUCGAGAAGUAUAUCGAUCGUUUGCUGGGACUGCCAUGUGACAUGGUAUUUAGCGUCUUCACUGCCGCGAGUACUUUACUAUACCACUCGAAAAUGUCGAAAGAACCAACUCCGGAAACGAGCAGACGGCUGAAACUUUGCAUACGUUGGCUGUCAAUACUGGGCAAGUCAUGGAAAAGCGCUGGUGCUCGACACCAGGUGUUGUCUGAAAUGUUCGACCUUCCACAAGAACUCCGAGCUCUGAAUAGCUCUAACCCCAGGGCCCUGCGGUCACCCACACCUGAAGGCUCCCAUUCAAGCCAGAGAUAUCCGUCUGGAACGGCUACACCAGCACUUCCUGCCCCUGGGCCUAAUCUGUCCAAUGGAAGUCACACUACUGCGGUUGAGCAAGUCCCACAGUUCUCCACUGAAGACUGGGGAUUUCUGCGAGACUUUGGUGACGCAUCUGAUGAAUUCUUUGCAUUCGAUGUACAGCUACGCGGCCUCCUUGAUGGUGGGUUUGGGCUUGAAAAUAUCAACAGCUAUCCUGGAUGA